AUGGAAGCAUGUCGGAGCUUCGUUCUGCGUUUCGCGUUCUUUGCUUUACUAGUGGUGCCAGAAGUUCGUGCCGGUGUGCUAGACAAUCGCAUUGACCAGUUCCAACUCGGUGAGUCAUGUAACCUGUCGGAUAAUUUGCUACAGGAGAUCAAAGGUUAUCAGUCGAUAGUAAACAAAAUUAUCAGCCGUAUUGUGGACGGAGAAUUCGCUGGCCAAACAUGGGAAAGCUUGGCAGAGUUGGUUGACACUUUCGGAGCUCGGCUCGCUGGUUCCGAGCAGCUCGAAAAAGCGAUCGACUAUGUGGUUGAACAGAUGCAGCACGAUCAGCUCGAGAAUGUGCACACCGAGAAUGCGACGGUGCCGCACUGGGUACGGGGGUAUGAAAGUGCUCAGCUGGUAACGCCGUUCAAGAGAAAUUUACCUAUGCUAGGUCUGGGUACAUCGGUCGGAACUCCAAGGGGAGGAAUCAUUGCCGAUGUGAUUGCCGUAGAAUCGUUUCAGGAGUUUGAAAAACUUGCUGCGGAGCAGGUGAAAGGGAAAAUCGUUGUGUUUGUUCCUAAGUGGGAAAGUUAUGGGAAAACGGUGAUGUACCGAAGCAAGGGUGCAUCCGUGGCCUCUAAAAAGGGAGCUGUAGCAACACUGAUACGCUCCGUUACCCCGUUCUCGAUCGGAUCACCCCAUACCGGUGGUCAGGACUAUGAGGAUGGUGUUAAGAAGAUUCCUUCCGCCUGCAUUACGGUCGAAGAUGCCGAGAUGAUUCUGCGAAAGUACAGGCGAGGAGAACAGAUGACAAUUCAUUUGGAAAUGGAAGAUAGAAAUCUGGAGCCAGUCGUGUCACGGAAUACGAUCGGUGAAUUGUUGGGGACGACCUACACGAACUCGUCGGUCGUGGUGGUGUCUGGUCAUCUCGACAGCUGGGAUGUCGGCGUAGGAGCGAUGGAUGACGGAGGCGGUGCGUUGAUUUCGUGGAAAGCUGUGACUUUUUUGAAAGCAAUGGGACUUCGAGCGAAGCGAACCAUUCGUGCUAUUCUGUGGACUGCCGAGGAAGAAGGAUAUUGGGGUGCCAGGGCAUACAAAGAGGCACACAAGCAGAAUGAAAAGAAAGAAUUUAAUUUCUUCUUUGAGUCUGAUAUGGGCACCUUCGAGCCGAAAGGGUUGGAUUUUGUCGGAAACAAAGAUGCGGAGUGUAUAUUUCGGGAGAUUGUGAAGUUGAUGUCUCCACUAAAUGCAACUGAUUUUGCGACUCCCACAGAUGGUGGACCGGAUAUUACCAAUUGGACAACUCGUGGUUUUCCCGGAUCAUCGUUGCUGAACAAAAAUGAGAAAUAUUUCUGGUUUCAUCAUUCGUCCGGAGACAGCAUGGCGGUGGAAGAUCCAAAGAAUUUAGAUAAGUGUGUAGCGUUGUGGGCUGCAGCUGCCUAUGUGGUUGCAGAUUUGAGUAUUUCAAUGCCAAAGGAUGUUGUUGAUUAGAGCCAACCUCAAAGGCACAUCUUAUCUGUAUUAAUAUUAUGCAUAAUAUAAUAUGAUUAAUACAUAUACAUAAAAUUAGUAAUAAACUAGCCAGGCUAGUUGAGCAAUGUUUACCUCAGAAAGGUUUUUU